AUGACUGCUUCAUUGUGCCCCCAAGCAAUUGACAUCAUCCUCUCUCCCUACCACGUCGGCCUGCGCGACCACCGUGUCGGCAACGGACCCCACCGCAUCCUCUCCCUCGGACUCGAGCAAGAACUCCACCGCCUGGGAGUCGCCUUCCAUCUCAUCGAAAUUCCACCCGUCGACGAGUUCGAGGGCGAGAUAGGGCGCAGCUUCGAGCUCCUGCGCCGGAUCUCCACCGCCGUCAGCCAGUCGGUGGCCAACCGCCGCUUCCCCCUGAUCCUGUCGGGGAACUGCAUGGCCAGUGCCGCGGUCGCCUGUGGGCUGCGAGUGGACGACGACCUGGCCUACAUCUAUUUCGACGCCCACGACGAUCUGGACUCGCCGGAUGUGAACGAAAACGGGUAUCUAGAUGCCAUGGGCCUGUCCAUGCUGCGUGGGGAGAGCUGGAAGACCUUGAUGAACAGCGUGCCGGGGUUCAGGCCGGCGGAGUUCAAUCGGCGGUUCUUGUAUUGUGGGCUUCGAGACCAGACCGGCGUGCAGAGGCAGCGGGUGAUCGAUGCGGGCAUGCAGGCCAUCUGGGGCAGCACGGAGAACAAAGUCGAUUUUGCGAGGGAGUUGAAGACCCAGCUGGAGCAACGAGCGUACGACCAGGUGUUGGUUCAUCUUGAUCUGGAUGUCUUGGAUGACUCGUACGGAAAAGUCAAUGACUACCCAUCCCCAGGUGGCUUAUUGGAAUCGGACUUGAUCGCUUGUAUGGAACUGGUUCCGCAGAAGACUACCCCUCGGUCGCUGACCGUGUGUUCUUUUGAUCCGGAUGCGGGCGACGGUGACAAGAUUGCUGGGAUUGCAGUGCGGGCGAUUAUAGCCCUUGUUCAAUCUCUCCUAGAUACCGGAGCUUUAUCCAAGAUCUGA